AUGGCUCCCCUUAUCAUCUCCCAAUGCAGCGUCGCUGAUGGCACCGCCCUAGCUGCCAACAGCAUUCCCGCCUUCUGGGCUGACCCGCAUUGGGUCCUGGCCUGGCGCCAUCGGACCCUCGAAUACCACAUCUCGCAGAUAGCCCUACGCUUCCCGCGUAACAUGUUGAACAAUAGGGAGGCCUUACGACAUCAAAAAGCAGUAGAUCCAGAGACAGGCUGUAUACUCGGGUACGCUCGAUGGCGCCUGCCACCCUCUUAUGAGAUUAACCCAGAUGAUGGCACACCAACAUGGCCCGAGGCCCAGGUCCCCGCCGUUGAGCCCGAGAAGGAGGCCGAGAUUCGACGGACUGCCGAGACCGUUGUCUGGGAUCCUAAUAACGAUGCUGAUGAGCUAUUGGUUCGCGUAAAUGCGCUCGAGAAAGAAGUGACGCCAAAGACACCGUACAUCACCCUAGAGUACCUUGCUGUGCAUCCGGACAAUCAGCGUAAAGGAGUCGGCACUGCAUUGGUGAAGAGCGGGAUGGACCAGGCAGACAAGAUGGGGUUGGAAAUCUUUGUCCACGCUUUAAGAGAGGGAGCUGAACUGUAUAAACGAAUUGGUUUUCGACUCAUAGCAGAGCUCGUCCAGGAUGACUCUGCGUAUGGUGGCAAUGGGGUGUACGGUGCAUAUUUCUUUAUAUACGAGCCUAGAUCGAGGACUGAUUCUGCACGUACUUAG